UAAAAAUUUUAUUUUCAUUGCUAUAAAAUUAAAUUGUUUUUAUUGAAAAAAAAUAUGAUAAAAAAAGUAAUUGUUGAUUGCGACGGUGGGUAUGAUGAUGCAGUGUCACUAAUCCUGUUGCUAAAUGCUCAUAAGAAAAGUAUAAUAGACUUGAAAGCUAUCACUUGCGUUGCGGGUAAUACUGACAUUGACAAUGUUGUCAAAAAUGUCUACAGAGUUUUGCAAGCUUGCGAUUCUGAUAUACCGGUGUACAGAGGAGCAGAUUCGCCGCUAAUUUGUAUAGAAUCUCAGGCUCUGAAAGCUGCAGAGGUGAGAUAUCACGGCCACGAUGGUUUUGGAGACGUAUUUACAGAUCAAGUAGAUACUAGUAAGCUGGAAAAAGAGCAUGCAGUAAUUGGAAUGAGGAAAAUAAUUACUGAGAAUCCCGACCAAGUUUCUGUGGUCUGUCUGGGACCGCUGACAAAUGUCGCGCUUGCUGUCAAAAUUUAUCCGGAUAUUUUGGAGUCGGUAAAAGAUUUUUUUAUUAUGGGAGGAAAUUCUGCAGGACAAGGAAAUACAACAGCACAAGCUGAAUUUAAUUUUUACGCUGAUCCAGAGAGUGUUCAUAUUUUAUUCCAGUGUAAUUCAAAGCCAUUGUGGCUUUUUCCUUGGGAAACUUGUCUUAAAUCAACUAUUACUAUGGACUGGCGUGAAAACAAACUGGGAAAACUAAAAGAAAAUAAAAAAAUAAAAUUAAUAAUUACAAUUGAAGACGGAAUUUACAAAAAUAAAAUAAAACGAGAAAUUUAUCGGCCAUGUGACGCUUUCUGUGUAGCAGCGCUAAUAAAUCCUAAAAUAAUAACUCACUUCGAAAAUUGUCACGCUGACAUUGAACUGCAUGGGGUGAAAACACGCGGCUUCGUCGCUAUCGACCACUUGAGAAAUAAUAAGCCGAACAUUAACCUCGUCAGCGACCUAAACUUCGAAGAAUUCAAGUCUUUGAUGCUUGACAGUUUUCAGGAAUAAAAAAAAAUGAUUAUGUAUAAAAGUAUAAUGUAAGCUAAUUAUAUCAGUUUAAUUUUACACUUUGUACAAUAAAUAAUUUGAAUCUUAAAUUAUAAACAAAUUUUCUAUACAUCUAUAAAAUAAUU